AUGGGCGUGAACGUAACAGCGAACAGCGUAGAUCCGGGGAUCGCACGGACGCGACUCAACCGCGACCGAGAAGGCUUCGUGUUAGAUGUGAUAUUUUUCCUCGCGUCAAAAUUCGUGAAAACCAUCCAUCAGGUAAUCGAGCAAUCGCAAACCGUUGAUUUUACUUUUAAUCUUCUGGGGUUACUGUGGCAUGCAAUGCAGGCGGCGGCGACGACGUGCUACGUGGCGGCGCACCCGGCGGUGGAGGGUGCGAGCGGGAAGUACUACGCGGAUUGCAAUGAGGCGGCGGAGGCGCAGUCAGCGGCGAGCGGGGAG